GGAAACGGAAGAUAAUAUUAUUUUUAUAAGCUUGGUUUGUAAGUCUUAUUGGUAAUAUAAGUUAUAUUAGUUAUAUUAGUUAAUAUUUCUAAGUGAUUAACUUUAAUUUAAUUCAACAAUGAAUAAGGAUAAAGUACAAUGUGUCCAAGUUUUCGGAAAGAAAAAGACGGCCACUGCUGUUGCUUAUUGCAAAGCCGGUAAUGGUGUUCUAAAAGUGAAUGGUCGGCCUUUAGAUUUGGUGGAACCACAAGCUUUAAAAUAUAAAUUGUUGGAACCAAUUCUUCUCCUUGGACAAGAAAAGUUCUCUUCAGUUGACAUUAGAGUACGUGUACGAGGUGGUGGUCAUGUCUCGCAAAUCUAUGCUAUCCGACAAGCCAUUUCCAAGGCAUUAGUGUCUUAUUAUCAAAAAUUUGUAGACGAAGCCAGCAAAAAAGAAAUCAAAGAUAUCUUAAUUUCUUAUGAUAGAACACUAUUGGUAGCUGAUCCCAGAAGAUGCGAACCCAAGAAGUUCGGUGGUCCAGGAGCCAGAGCUCGUUACCAAAAAUCCUACCGUUAAAUAUUGGUUUCUUACACGAUGUGUAAUUAUUAAAUAAACUAAACUUCACUAUA